AUGGAAUUUUGUUUUAAAGAUGUUGUUGCCACUGGCGAACAUGCAUGGGCGCCAUCAUCUGGAGUUUUAUCCGAUAACAUACAUGGAAGUAAUUGGUUUCAACCUGAGAAACAAUUUGAGUUUGAAACUCCAACAAGUAAUGAGGAGCUUAUUAUGGAGGAUGACUUAAGAAGUAAUACAGGAGAAGGAUUGGAUCAUAUUAACUUGGAAGAACCAGAAGUAACUGAAAAAAGAGAGACAAAUGAGAGUGGUGAUAAAACUAAAAAAAAGAAGGCAUCAUCAAUUACAACUGAAAAGGAAAAAAGUAAAGUCAGUACUAGUUUAAGGAUCACGUCAUCAAUUGAGAGAAUUGCAGAAGUUGUGGAAUUGCGUUUUGCAAUUAUUGUGGGGUCAAAAGACACUCCACUCAGUAUUAAGAGUGUUAUGGAUAUUGUUCGUAAUUUACCUGGUAUGAUUGUUGGUAGUGAUUUAUGGUGGAAAGCGAGUAUGUUACUAGUUAAGCAAUCAAUGAGAGAAAUAUUCUCAGCACAAGAAGACCCAGAGUUGCAAUUGCUAUGGUUAGAAAAGAUGUCCGAACUACACAAAGACUAG